AUGCAUUUUGAUAAGCUCGACGAUUCUCCUAUGUUCCGCAAACAGAUACAAAACUUGGAGGAAAGUUCUGAAUCCUUGAGGGAGAGAUGUCUGAAAUUCUACAAAGGAUGUCGAAAAUACACUGAAGGGCUUGGUGAGGGAUAUGAUGGAGACAUAGCUUUUGCUAGUUCUCUGGAAACUUUUGGUGGAGGGCAUAAUGACCCCAUUAGUGUAGCUUUUGGAGGUCCUGUUAUGACAAAAUUUACAAUUGCACUGAGGGAAAUUGGAACGUAUAAAGAAGUUCUUCGAUCUCAGGUUGAGAACUUGCUGAAUGAUCGAUUGCUGCAGUUUGUCAACUUAGAUUUGCAUGAUGUAAAGGAAGCACGGAAACGCUUUGACAAGGCUACUCUUCUUUAUGAUCAGGCUCGUGAGAAAUUUUUGUCAUUGAGGAAAGGAACAAAGAGUGAUGUAGCAUCAGUAUUGGAGGAGGAGCUUCAUCAUGCUCGGUCAAAUUUUGAGCAAGCUCGCUUCAGUCUGAUAACUGCUCUAUCCAAUGUUGAAGCGAAAAAAAGGUUUGAAUUUUUGGAAGCAGUUAGUGAAACAAUGGCUGCUCAUCUUCGUUAUUUCAAACAGGGUUAUGAACUGUUGCAUCAGAUGGAACCAUAUAUUAAUCAGGUCUCGACUUAUGCAAAGCAGUCAAGAGAGCGAUCCAACUAUGAGCAGGCAGCUCUCAACGAGAGGAUGCAAGGUUACAAAAGAGAGAUUGAUAGAGAAAUCAAAUGGUCUUCAAAUGGUUCUAAUGGUUCUCCUAAUGGGGAUGGAAUACAAGCUAUUGGAAGAAGUUCACAUAAGAUGAUAGAGGCUGUCAUGCAAUCUGCUGCAAAAGGAAAGGUUCAAACAAUUAGACAAGGUUAUCUUUCCAAACGUUCUUCAAACUUGAGAGGCGACUGGAAAAGAAGGUUCUUUGUUCUUGACAGCAGAGGAAUGUUGUAUUAUUAUCGCAAACAAAGCAGCAAGCCAUCUGGGUCUGGCAGUCAACUUUCUAGUCAAAGAAAUAGUUCUGAACUUGGUUCUGGGUUGCUCAGUCGUUGGCUGUCUUCUCAUCAUCAUGGUGGCGUACAUGAUGAAAAAUCUGUUGCUCAUCACACCGUAAACUUGUUGACGUCAACAAUUAAAGUUAAUGCUGACCAGUCAGAUCUCAGGUUCUGCUUCCGGAUUAUAUCACCAACAAAAAACUACACAUUACAGGCGGAGAGUGCCUUGGAUCAAAUGGAUUGGAUUGAGAAGAUUACUGGGGUAAUUGCGUCAUUACUGAGUUCUCAGGCUCCUGAAAGGUGUUUGUCUGGUAGUCCAAUAGGCAGCGGUCACCAUCGAUCCACCAGUGAAAGUAGUUCAUUGGAAAGUGCUGAUUUUGAGCAUGGAGCAGUUGAAGAAUACAUACCUGACAGGCUUGCCUCUGCUCAUAUAGAACGCUCUUUGAGAAGCUCACAACACCAAAGAUCUGUUAUGAAAAGUGAAAAGCCAAUUGACAUAUUGCAGAAAGUAUGUGGUAACAACAAGUGUGCCGAUUGUGGUGCUCCUGAACCGGAUUGGGCAUCCUUGAAUCUAGGUGUUCUUGUCUGCAUUGAAUGCUCCGGUGUUCACCGCAAUCUUGGUGUGCACAUAUCUAAGGUGAGGUCACUGACUCUUGAUGUUAAAGUUUGGGAACCAGCUGUCAUAAAUCUGUUUCAGUCUCUGGGCAACACCUUUUCAAAUUCAGUCUGGGAGGAAUUGCUGCAGUCGAAGGGUGUCUUCCAGGUUGAACUUGGCCCUACAGGCUUGUACAGGACUAAUAAACAGCAAAUAGUUCACUUCAGCAAGCCCAGUGCUGCUGAUUCAAUUUCAACAAAGGAAAAAUUUAUUCAUGCAAAGUAUGCAGAAAAAUUUUUCGUGCGGAAAUCCAAGGAAAAUCGUUCAGUAGCACAACAGAUGUGGGAUGCUGUACGUGCUAAUGAUAAGAAGGCUGUGUAUAGACUCAUAGUUAACUCCGAUGCAGAUGUAAAUACUAAAUUAGGUCAAGGAACUUGUAACUCUUCUCUCACCCUUGCCAAAUUAACACUUUAUCAAGAACGGACCUCCUUUGAUCGGUAUUCUGGUUGCUUGGAGCCAUCAUCUAGCUCUACAAGCAUGGCUAGUACUGGUGAAGAAAGUGUUUUGGAAGGUCUUCAUGGAUGCUCGUUGCUUCACCUUGCAUGUGAAACUGCUGAUAUUGGAAUGAUAGAGCUUCUUCUGCAAUACGGUGCAGAUAUAAAUGCUUCAGAUUUAAGGGGUCACACACCUCUUCAUGCUUGUAUUGUCAGAGGGAAAACUACAUUUGCCAAGCUUCUCCUUACAAGGGGAGCUGAUCCACGAGCUAUAAACGAGCAAGGUAAAACUCCUUUCCAGCUGGCGAUGGAAUCAAAUUCUGAUGAUAUCUCAAUUCGAAGGGGCAAAUUAGAAAUAGGAGAUAAGUGGUCAAGAUUUGAGGUGAUAUUCUUGUGUUGUGUAAUUUCAGGAACAAAGUUGGAGCCUUGGCUUAGUUGGAGCUUAAAGGUUCUUUCUGAAAUCGGUACUAGCUCUCUUCCAGAACGUGCUCAGGAAAUUGACUCUUCAUUUGGAUUUCAAAUUUGGAGUAUUUUGAGGUUAUGCUCUUUAAUUUGA